CCAUUGUUGAUCCUCGGUUGGGAUGAACAAUAACACGCCUCUUGGCAAACCAUUCUGCCACCCGACCUCUCCCACCGCCCAGGGAUCUCAGUACAAAUAUCUGGCCUCCCUCCCAUCUUCUGCAUGUGUCUUUUCUCUUUUCUUCUUCAUACUUACCUUCUUACACCUUCCCAAGAUCAAGCAUUUGGGGAGGUAGCAUGGAAAACCUGCAUUGCACAUCGCGGUGUUUGCCAUGCUUCACUGUCCUUCGGGGCCGUGAGUGGGGGAAUUUUUGAUACCACAUACACAUUUUUCGUUGUGAGCAUUGCCUCGAGCAGUGUCAUGAGGAAGAAAAUCUUUGUGCUUUGUCUUUUGAUGUAUUAUCGUUGUAUAAAUUGUACUGGGGCUACACGCUGGGAAUUUUGCCUGGAUAAUGUGAGACGGAAUUGUCAAAGUGCUGCCUGCGGAUUUCAAGCGUGGGCCACGAAGGAAAGGCAGUUCUGUCAUUAUAGAAGAGUGACUGCGAAUGGUGAACUGUAUCUUAUAGUGAUGGACGCAAGACGGCCACCUGAUUGAAUAAGCAGCCCAAUGCGUCGUGUCCUGAAAUAUUUUGACCACAUUGGAAACACGUUGCAGGUUAUAAUGAAGGUCGAAAUAGUCAUGGCAAUAACCACAAGUUUACAUGUCGUCCAUCUCGGCGUACCUACUUAGGACUUACUAUGGUACGUAUGCACCGUUCGCGAUGUGAAGCCUAGGAGUUUAGUGGUGAAGUUCGCCUCAAAUGCAGAUAUCAGAGAUCAGAGUCUGAG